AAAGGGACAGCAGCCAGUGGCAGGAUUUGCUUUCUGUUUCCCGUGGAGGCCUCCAUUCCAGACCCGCCCUGCCCCUCUCAUCCCUUGGCGGGGAGGCUGCCCCUUGCUGGCUCACAGCACCCCAAGAAACUGAAAGGAUCCCACAGACACCCCCGCGUUCUGUAGAGAACCGGCCCCUGAAAAAAAUAGAUGGGGCCAUGGGGGAGGACGCGUUUAUGGGGGCUGCAACCCCAUUUGACCUCACUCUGGCUGGGAAAGUCGCUGUGCCCCUGGGCCUCAGUUUGCCCACCUGUUCAAUGCUUUGGACCCUGAGUGGGCCCCCCGUCUAGGAGCAGGACAUUGGGUGCUUAUCUCCACAGUGCUCCCAGCACACCGGGUGACAGUCUCUGCUGUUCGGGGCCUCAGUUUCCCCAAUAGGGCGGUAAGGAUGGUGGGCAGGUUCCAAUCCCAGCUCCACCACCAGCACUGGGCCCUUCGGCCUGGGAGCCGCUGGGCUCCAGUUUCCAUGGCUGCAGAACAGACAGGAGGACGCGCAGUGAGUGGUGCGGAGGGAAGACAGCAAGGCUGUCGCCCCCGGUUUCGCCAGAACUGGCCCAUGUGGAACGCUCACGCUGUCCCUCUGGGCUGAGCCCUGUGUCUGGACCUGCCUCACACCCUCAUCCCAGGCAGGCCGGCCCGGUUUGGGGCUCAGGCCCACUUGACGGAAGUAGAGACUGAGGUUGAGAGGGACCCUGCCCAACCUCCUGUGUCCCCGGCCCCGUAGACUGGCCACUGGUCCCAGUGCCCUGACUUUCCUGGCCGCCCUGGCCAGGCUCUGCACCUCAACCAAGAAUCGGGCGGGACAGCUGAGCACCUGGGAGGACCCGCCGCCCAGUUAGGGCCUCUGUGCUCCGUGUGGCAGUGGGACCCGGGCCGUGCCCACCCACCACCAUUUCUGCCACUUUGGGUCUCCAGUUGGCUCUUUAUAUCAGAUCCAAGUGGCCCGGGGCAUCCUCCCCGCUGUGUGAGGCCCGUUUCAUGUGAAGGAAACAGGCUCAGAGAGGCUGCCGGGAUUUGAACCCGCUGGCUCCUCCAGACGCCGGCCAGCUGAGCUUGUCCCAGAAAAGGACUCUGGGGGAGUAGCCCCAAAGGUGGGUGGAGCCAGGUGGCACCAUGGAUGUAUGGGACUCAGACCCCCACAAAUGGGCAGCUGGUUCCCGUACCUGCUGUGUGGCCCUGGACACAAUGUCCCCUCUCUGCGUGGCACUGAGGGUGUGGGAAAGCCAGGUGGCAGCUAGAGGGCGGUUUCGGGUGAAUUCCAGCUCCGGGGGCUGGAGGCCCUGGGGCCGGGGCUGGGCUGGGGGCAGAGUGCAGUGGGCAUGGUGCCUGGGUGUCCGCUUUCUCCCUCCUCCGACCUUUGUUUCCUGAUCCCGGGUGGGGCCGGGGAGGAGGGAGUGCACCUGCCUCCCUUGGGUGGGGCCUUCCCCUGGCAACCUGAGGGGAGGGCGGUGCCGCCAGAGUGGAGCCGAGGCUGGGAGGCUGCUGGGGGCCUGGAGCUGGCAGGGAGCUGGGAGCGUCUCCACCCCAGAACUUGUGGUGGCUGAAACCCCAGAACAUGGACCGAGUGACCAGAUACCCCAUCUUCAGCAUCCCCCACUCACCAGGCAUGGCCGGCCUGGCUCUCAAUGGGGACACCAGUUACACAUACCAGCUGGUGAAUGUGGAGCCCUCGGACAGCAACUGGGGCCAGGACCAGACUGUAGUGUGGGCGGGUGACCGCCAGGCCCCGCCGGACGUGCUGAGGACAGGGGCGUCUUGCAGGCUGCGCACCUUCCUCAGCCAGCCGUCCCUGCAGCUGGAGGACGAGGAGGAUGAGGUGAUGAAGGCCUACCACCUGGACACCAGGGACACCCUGCUCAGGCGGCCACCGGACCUGGAGCGAGAGCGCUGGGCAGUCAUCCAGGGCCAAGCGGUGAGGAAGAGCGGCACGGUGGCCACGCUCCAUGGCACCCCUGACAACGGGGGCCCCAGGACCCCCGGGCGACCUCCGCUCGUCCCCCUGGAGGAAAACGUGGUCGACAGGGAGCAGAUCAACUUCCUGGCAGCGAGGCAGCAGUUCCUGAGCCUGGAGCAGGCAAAUGCCAGGGUCCCUCCGACCCCGCCAGCCUGGGUGGCCCCAGAGUGUGCCCCACCCCGGAUCAGCCAGGCCCCCCAGGCCCCGAACACACCGCCCCUCGCCAACGGCUAUGCCGUCUCGGUCAAGCCCCAGGUGAAGGGGGUGGUCAUGGAAGAGAAGAGGGUCCGCGGUUGGCCCACGGGGCCUGGUGUCCAGGCUAUGGGAGACCCCGGGGCCCGGUCCCCAGCGGAGUCACCGGAGGCCCCCAAGGAGACACCCAUCGAGCGGGAGAUCCGAGUGGCCCAGGAGCGCGAGGCAGCUCUGCGCGAGCAGAGGGGGCUGCGGGGGGCAGCGGGCCCCCAGGAGUUGGUGGAGAUACCCACCCGGCCCCUGCUGACCAAGCUGAGCCUGCCGGCGGCCCCUCGGCGGGACAGGGGGCGCCCUUCGCUCUAUGUGCAGCGUGACAUUGCCCAGGAGACGCAGCGCGAGGAGGACCACCGGCGGGAGGGCCUGCAGGGCGGCUGGGUGUCCAAGCCCGGCUGCCUCUCCGGGGGCCCCCAGCCGGGACUCAGGAGAGCACUGAGCUCAGACUCCAUCCUUGGCCUGGCCCCAGACACCAGGGCGGCCGACCCCACUCCAGAGCUGAAGAAGGUGAACCGCAUCCCCCCUGACGCCUACCAGCCGUACCUGAGCCCCGGGACCCCCCAGCCAAGGUUCCCAGCCUUCCACGCCCGGGGCAAGCCUGGCGGUCUCGCUGCAGACGAGGCCAAGGCGGUGGCAAAGGCCACAGGGUCUCAGAGGCAUCUCUCGGAAUCCUCUAGAAAACCCUCAGGCACAAAGCAGGAGUCCUGGAAGCCCUCGGGGGCACCCCCACCAGCCAACAGGGGUGUCGUGCGAUGGGAGUACUUCCGCCUGCGUCCCCUGCGGUUCAGGGUCCCAGACGUGCCCCAGAAGGCCGAGCCCCCCCGAACCUGGGGCUGGGAAGUGGCUGGGGCCCCCCCUCUGAGGCUCCAAAGGUCCCAGUCCUCUGAGCUGCUGGAGCGGGAGGUGGAGAGUGUCCUGAGACGGGAGCAAGAGGUGGCGGAGGAACGACGCAAUGCCCUCUUCCCGGAGGUCUUCUCCCCGCCGCUGGACUGUGACCCCGACUCCAGGAGCUCCUCCCGGGCUUCGGGCACCACAGGCAGCUACUCAGUGUCCGAGUCACACGUCUUCACCCCCAUCCGCCUGCACUCGGGCCUGGUGUGGACGGCAGAGGCCCCUGCUGAGGCUGCUCCUGGGCAGAGAAAGAAGAAGGAGCAGUGGUAUGCCGGCAUCAACCCCUUGGACCACGUCAACUCGGAGGUCCUGGAAGCCACGCGGGUGACCCGCCACAAGAACGCGAUGGCUGAACGCUGGGAAGCCGGUGUCUAUGCCAGUGAGGAUGAGGACUGAGCCUGCAGACGGGGGCACCGUGACCCUAUGGGAACUGCCAAGACCAUCCCCUAGGCCCCCCGCUUUAGGAAACAGGUCCCCAUUUGAACCCACAAUCCGAGGACCACAAUGACAUGCCCACAAUCCCGAGGGCUUUCUUUUCUGAUUUUAUUUUCCUGGAGAAAUUGUUCUGCUUUUUCUGGGUCUAAAGCUGGGGAUGAAACGGGACCUCUGUCAAUUCUUCCUGCUUCUAGGACUUUGCCAAACGCUCUUGGUCCGAGAAGAAAGGAGACCCGCUCCCCUCCCCCACUCCAGUUGUCAUUGCUCCCACUAGUCUGAGGGCGGAGAGGCUGGGUGGAGGGAGGCAUGGGUCCUGGCACCUUGAGGAGCUGCCGGUCUGCGGAGAGGCACACUCGGCCCCCCUCUAAGUCCCAAUCUGAGAAGGGGGACGCGCCCCCACUCCACCCCUGGGAAACCGUCCAGUCUGAGGAAGGAAACCUGAGCGCCCAGUCUGAGGGCCUCCGCCCUGCCCUGCAGGCCCCGCCGCAGCGCGGCAAAGCCCUGGGGACAGCACAUGACCUGCAGAACAAGGGCUUGAUCUGUGGGCUAAAAGGGGUUCUUCUGUUCCCCCCCAAAACUGCUGGUCCACAUCCACCAUGAAAUAAACCCUCCUCCCUCUGGUUCAUUUCUCUUGGUGACACUCACUGCUCCCACCGGAACCUCUGGCCUUCACCCCACCGCACGGGGCUGUCGGGGUCACACAGCGUCCCCAACACGUGGCACACAGUAGGUGCCCCAUCAGUGCUUGUGGGGUGACCAUCCUCAGUAACGCCAGGCCCAGACUUCGAUGCCAUCCCAUCCCCCUGAGCCAGGCAUUGCUCUGAAAUCGGUCUGUGCUGAUCAAGGCAAGAGCUGUGUGAUCCCACUCACAGGGGCGCCUAGAGGAGUCAGAUUCACAGGGCCGGAAAGUCGAUGGCGGGUGAUGGGCUGGGGAGGAGGGGUCAGUGUUUAAUGGGGUCAAAGUGUCAGUUUGGGAAGAUGAGAAAGUUCUGGAGACGGAUGGUGGGGUUGGCUGCCCGGCAGUGUGAAUGUGCUUAAUGCCACGGACCGUACACUUAGAAAUGGUUAAGACAGUAAAUUUUGUUAUGUGUAUCUUAACACUAUAAACGGUGGGGGAGGAUUGGCUCUCUUGAAGGCAUAAGAAGGCUGUUGGGAACCAUCAGGGAGGGUUUAAAGAAUUAGAAGUGGCCCUGGCCGGUUUGCUUGGUGGUUAGAGUGUCAGCCUGCACACCAAAGGAUCACAGGUUCGAUUCCCAGUCAAGGGCAUGUAC